GGAAGUGUUCCGGUUGUAAGAAUAAUAAUUACUGUCAAACAAAAUCUCAUUUUUUUUCACAAUUUGUUUUUAUUACAAAAAAGUGAGUAAGUCGUUCAAUGAGAGGGAAGAAAAUUAGCGCACUUUGGACACAUUCAAUAUGCUGGGCUUGUCGGUGUAUCCCAGCAACGGGCCAGCCAGUAUAAGGGGGCAUUUGUUUCAUAGAGAUGGAUGGAAAAGUGGACAAGGCGGGAAAAAUGUCCCGGAAGUACCUCGAAUAUUCCGAGGCGACGUCAACUUGACGUUAGCAUUAGCCGCGGGCGAACGAGCCGGUGCAAUGAUGUUGUGUGUUUGGUCGUCGAAGGGCCUCCGGGGCGUCCGUUCAGCAGCUUUGGCGUCGCUGCUGCUCGGGAGGAAAAGAGACAUAAGUUGGGCCGGCGGGAAGCGGUUGUCACAAACUGCAACAGGUGGUGACCACCGGCGGCCACUGGACGGCGUCAGAGUGUUGGACCUGACCCGCGUCCUGGCCGGCCCAUUCGCCACCAUGCUGCUGGGAGACCUUGGAGCCGAGGUCAUCAAAGUGGAGAAACCAGAAGUUGAAGAGUGUUGCGUGUGGCGCUCUCCAGAUGCGGGUGACGAUACGCGAGCAUGGGGUCCUCCCUUUGUGGGUUCGGAGAGUGUCUACUUCCUCAGCGUCAACCGCAACAAAAAGAGCAUCGCCGUCGACCUCAAACAUCCCAGAGGAUUGCAUGUCGUCCAGCAGCUGUCAGGCAUGUGUGACGUACUGAUGGAGAACUUUGUGCCGGGUAAACUGUCUGCUUUGGGUCUGGGAUACGAGCAGCUCAGCGGACCGAACCCGGCCCUCAUCUACUGCUCCAUUUCAGGUUACGGGCAAACGGGUCCUCACCAUCAAAGGCCGGGCUACGACUCCAUCGCCUCAGCCCUGUCCGGGAUGAUGCACAUCACAGGGUCAGAGGAGGGCGAUCCGGUCCGGCCCGGCAUAGCCAUGACUGAUCUGGCGACCGGUUUGUACGCGCACGGCGCUGUCCUGGCUGCCUUGCUGCAGCGCCAACGCACAGGGAGGGGCGCCCACAUUGACUGUGACCUGCUAUCCUCUCAGGUGUCGUGCCUCAGCCAUGUUGCCGCCAACUUCUUGAACGGUGAGAAGGAGGCCAGGCGCUGGGGUACGGCCCACGAAAGCAUCGUCCCCUACCAGGCCUUCAAAACCAAAGAUGGUCACGUGGUGAUAGCGGCGGGAAACGACCAGCAGUUUGUCAACUUAUGUCACGUUCUGCGGCUCCCGGAACUCAGCCAGCAGCCUCGAUACUCCACCAACAAGCUACGAGUCCAAAACCGUCAAGCGCUGGUGCGCACGCUGGCGCAGAGGUUUCUGCAAGAGACCACAACACAUUGGCUGGGACGCUUCGAAGGCUCGGGUGUUCCCAUUGGACCAAUCAACAGCAUCCGGGAGGUCUUCUCUGACCCGCAGGUGAAACACAACGGGCUCAUGCAGGAGAUGGAACAUCCCACUGCAGGACACAUCACUGUGCCUGGUCCGGCGGUUCGCUACAGCGGCUUCUCCCAUGGCGAUCCCAUGCCCCCGCCUGUGAUUGGUCAGCACACGGUGCAGGUGCUUCGUGACGCCUUGGCCUACCCUGAUGACGUCAUCAGCGAGCUGCUGGCGUCGGGAGCCGUGGCACAGAACUCGAGUUGUUUCCUUCUGCUCCAACUUGCUGCUGAGAAAGCUGUUAAAAACCACCACAACAGCGCCAGGAUGCGGACAAGGAGCCGGAAGGCGCGGCGUGGCGCGGAGGCCGGAGCGAAGCCUGAGCGGCCGGAUGGCUGAUCCGUGACCCCUUCGGAUGUACGAAAGAUUUCCACAGAAAGAGUGUUUUCACUUUGAAGUGCCCGGAGGACGGACGUGACCACCCCUCUUCACCCGACCCGAUGCCUGACGCGUCUGCUGUCCCGGUGAACGUCUAAGAGCAUCCGCACUCGUCCACGAUCAUGUUGUGGAUGUCCUUCUUGAUGAUCUUGUGCUCCUCGUUGUAGUAGAGCAUGGACAUGGCCCGCAGCCGCGUAGGCACGCAGCAGGAGCGCAGGUUCUGGAAGGGACUGUAGCCCCGCAUGCGGUAAUGGCUGAUGACGUUGGAAUGGAAGGAGAGUGCCGAGCCGGUGAUGCUGGCCACGUGCAGCGGGCACUCGCCCUCGCAGUAGUUGGCAUGGUAGCCGCCCGGCGCGAUGAUCCAGUCGUUCCAGCCGAUGUCUUUGAAGUUGACAUAGAAGUGGCGCUUGCAGCAGACCCGCACUUUGCCGUCACACUCCAGGCCUCGCUUGCGCCGGCGCCGAGAGUCGCCCGAGUCCUCCGGCCUCACGGCCGCCAUUAGGAAAGGCCGGUGCGACUGCUCCCGUUGGGACGGCUCCUUCCGGUUGGCGCGCUGCUGUGACCCGCCUCCGCUGCCGGACAGCAGCACGGGCGUGGCGCCCACCUCGGCGCAGAGCGGGCAAGACACCCUGACGCGGAGCGCCGCGCCACCACCGCCUUCCAGAAGCGCCUGGACCGCCGCCGAAACUGGGAAGGUGUGCCAGCCGCUGCGGCGGGUGUCCACCGUCUUCUCUGCCAGCAAGACGUCAUCCUGUGGCGAAGACGAGGGCGCACCCCGCUGGAACAGGCGGACGGCCACCUUGGCGUGGCUGCGGUUGUUCUUUGCCAAUCGUAGGAAAAGCCACACAUUGGCCUGCUCCACCAGAGACACUUCGCCACUUCCGUCGUCUUUGGACAGGACAAAGGUCACCGUGUCCCGGGCCUCACCUGAAAUGCACAAGACGCACACGGUCAGCAGCAGGUAACUAUGGAAACCCAACACCCAUACUCUCUCAUCGCGAAAUUCAUCACCUUAAAAGUUCAAAUGUGCAACAUGAGUAGAGGAAUAGCGAGCUUUUUUCUUUGUUUGUUUUCUCUCUGGAGUGGCAGCCAUCCACUUGCUGUUAACUUGUCUGUUCUCCCUCCUCUCUGAGAAGGCCAACCACAUGAAAAGCAUCCUGUUGAUUCUCAGCAAGCGUAUUCCCUCCUUGACGAGCGUAAGGCUCAAAGGACGCGCAAACAUGUGCAUCCGAGUCCACGCCCUCUCGGCCUUAUUGGCACCACAUGUGAGUCUGCGUGCACGCGUAGCAGUUUGAAGAACGCAAAAGGACGUGAAACAGCUGGUAAAUAAAAAGCCGCCAGCCGUCGUUCUUCUGGCGAGAGGAAUGUCCCGAACGCCGAGUGACUCAAACGCGCUCGCCGUCAUCGCAGGCAAAAAUGACAGGAGGAAAAAAAACAUCCAUCUCUCUGCGGCUUCUUUGCGCCAGCCCAGCUUUUCCAUUCGGGCGGAUCAAAGCUGGCUCGCAGACGAGAUUAUUCCCAGACAGGAAAACAAGAUGGCCAGACACCAAUCGCAGCUCCGCUCGGUCCCAUCACUCCACACCGGGCGCGCUAUCGAGCCGACGUGAGGGCUUUCCUCAUCGUGCGAGUCAAAGUUGGCAUCUAUCCCGCUGGUCACUGCAUCCCGGACUGGUCACUGGCCAAUCACGGGCUCGACACAACUCGACUGCCAAAAUAAUUUCCACAUACUUUUUGGAAUUUCAAAUGAAGUGCUGGAAGGGGUUCACCCUUUUGUAAGGGGGCUUGAGCCCCUCCUGGCCCCUGGGUAGUGCCAGGCCUGCUCGGGAGUCAGUGGUUGCGACCCCACGCCCUGAGCGGCCACACCCCCCACCUCCCACAGGUGGCGUGUGAUUGGCUGAGACGAACAGCGAUGUUUGAUCUGAACGAGCGACUCGCAGCCUUUCACGCCCAGCAGUUUGAAUCCUGACUGAGGAGCAUCAAAGACUUUGCCAACAUGGCCGACACAUGAAAGUUCUCUGAGGAAUGUCGCUAAUGAUGUGUUCAAUUAAGUCCAAUUAGCCAAAUGCCCGCGCACACGCACUCACGCCGGGGUUUUGUGUGUGCUCUACUAAAGGACACGGGCAUCUCCGCCAAGAAUUCCGCCACGUCUUCUUUGCGGUGGCGUCUCACUCGGUCCAAUUAAUUAGCGAGUCGCUGAACGGAUGGCUUGUCGGCAACAAAGGCGCGAGUGUUCUGACCGCUGCGUCUUCUCACGGUGUCGCCUUCGAGCGCACAACACUUUUGAUCUGGAGCUAUUUUCGGAUCGCCGGCCCCGCCUGCUGCCGUGGCGUUUGGGCCGGCGCCCUCCGCCGGCCGCCGAGGGCACGGCGACAUGACUUCCCGUCACACGUUUGAGAGCGUAGGCACGCGCGUGCGCUACUUUGCCGCACUCGCUAAGCGACAUGUUUACAAUGCGCAGAUGUCAUCUGCACUCGUUUUGGGCCACGCGAUAUGAUCGAACAUAAUUGACGGCUUUUCAAACUUUUAACACCACCUAAAACAAGGGUGUCAAACCCAUUUAUUUAGCAGGCCGCAUUGUAGUCAAAGCUUCUUUCGGAGGGCCAUUGUGACUGUCAACCCAAAUAAAUGUAUGAGCACCUCAUAUUAUAUACAGUAAAAGCUACAAAACAAACUGACAAAUAACUUGUUUUCAAAUCAGACGAGUAAAAACUGGUCAAAUAUAAAAAAAAAGAUAUUAUUAAAAGUAAAGACAAUUUGCAAUUCGAGUAAUGACACAAAUUCGAUGCACAAUUUGUCUUUGCGGGCCACAUAAAAUGAUGUGGCGGGCCGUAUCUGGCCCCCCGGGCCUUGAGUUUGACACCUGUGACAUAAAAACUUACCUAGCUGGACCACCACACCUCAUUUAUUUGAAUAAUUUGUAUCCAUUCGUAGUCCAUAAAUUGAUCGAUACUUGUUCCUCUAACUAUGACCAACCAACAUUAUGACCAGCAUAGUUGUGUAAUAGGCCUAAGUGUUUAUUAAAACUGAGACAAAAUAAAAAAAUGGGGAGCAACGAACAAAAAGUGUUCGAAAACAUUAGUAACAUUCCUAACAUUAUGCACAGUUUGAACGUGAAUACUGCCCGAAAAAAACAAAACAUUUUAACUCAUUCACUGCGAUGUGGAAGUCUUGGAUUCUUUUGUAGUGAAUGAGUUGAAUGAGUACAUUCAAAAUUGUCAUCAAGAGAACUUGAAACCCAAACAGAUGUCUAAUCACCGCAUGCAACAACGGCAUCACUCACCGGGCUCGGCGAAGGUGAUGAUCUCGGUGGCGUCUUGCUCAUCGUCGUCGUCGUGGGUUCGGCCGACGGCGGCCGGCGGGGUCGCGACCCCUCCUCUCCCUCCGCCGCCGCCUCCCCCCCGGCCCCUCCCUUCAGAUUCCCCCUCAAUGUGCACGCUGCCGUCGUCGGCCACCCGACCCACGUGCAGCUUGCGCAAAGCGUUGAGGAGCGCGGCGCGGGGCACGGGCCGGGUGAUGUUGGGCCUGACGUGUAGGUGCAGCAUGUUGAGGAUGUGGCGCUUGACUGCCUCCACCACCUCCUGCUGGGCCGCAUCCUCUUCCUGGGCGCCCUGGUUCCCAUGUACGCCCGCCAGGGCACAGGAGGGGCAGUGCCCAGCGGGUUCGGCCGGCUCUGAAGAUGACUGGCACACGUGCAGCAGGAGCAGGACGGCGCUGCUCAGCGCUGUCAGCGUGGACAUGGCGAAGGGGGCGACUUUUGGUUCCAACUUCCCCCCCGCCCACCACAACCUGGUGGUCCCCACUUUAAACUUCCCCAUGACUUGCCGGGCCUCUGCUGAUGCAGCUUCAUUGCCGAGAGUCCCGAUCCUGGACAUAUCUGAGCUGGAAUCCAUCACAGCCUCCGGUUUCCCUCUGAAGGUCCGAGGCUGCUUCCAAAAACCUUUCACGGAUUCCCGGGGACAUUGGAGCCACCUCCAUCACAGCUUCUAAUGUUCAUCCAAAAUAUUGUCACUUUGUCAUCACAUUGAAGGGCUUCUGCAGUGGUUCCAACAAUAUUGGCUGCUUCUCCAAACACCAUUUUCAAAAUCCUGCAGUGCUUCUCAGGCCUUACUGUGUUGUUCUCAAAGGUGUUUCUAAAGACGUGGGUGGUUCUUAGAACCCAUCAGAUGUUCUAAGACCUGUCAAAGGUUGCAGACUAUUUUUGUAAUGACCUUUCGAAGGUUCUAAGGUGAGGUUCAAGGAUGGUUCUGAAGACAUUUGAGAGGACCUUCAAGCGGAGCCACUGCUUCUCCACAUGGAGAUGAGUAGCUUGAUGUGGUUCUUGUGACCACCUUUUCUAUUUUGGACGCUUUGUGAUGUGUCCUCGGCAUGUCCGGAAAACACCUCCCUGUUUGUGCGUGCGUACGUGCAUGAGUAGGAAGCGUCGUUGCUGAGAAGUUCCGAGGAAAAGGGCUCCCACAUCUGUUCUGACAUGUUUACGGGGUAACAUCAUCAGUGUGUGACUCGUCACUCGUCUGCACGCUUUCCUCAACCGUUGGCGGAUCGAGUCAUUGUGUGACGGACGUUGGCGUCUUCAAAACUCCAUUCAGUCUUUCACUUUUUCGUUGGUACGUCAAAUAAUCAUCACCUGUACAUGACAGCGAGGUCUUGUGACAGGCGGAACAAUUCAGUUGCCUUCCACUAAAGGGCGCAAGCUCCAAAAUGACCUUUCGUGACUUUUUUGUUUCAAUUUGUUGUUGACAGUUGAAUGUAUCGGAUGGAUUUUCAUUUGCCCAAAAUCAAACAAUAUGAAAAAUCGUG